GUUUGGCUUAAACCCUCUAAACCAGCAGGAAGCAAAAAGAUAAGGGUAGGGAGACAUGGCUACCUGGUGCAAAGCUCUCUUCUCUUCUUCGUUUGAUCCAAUUUUUUCCCCUUUAUUUCCUUCCACUUCACGUUCCCUUCUUUCAUCUCCCUCUAACUCUUCCGUUUCACUUGUUGAUUGUUCAGGCCUCUCUGCGUGCAGCAACUCCCCUGCUCUCAAUUCCACUUACUCCUCUAUAUACCCUCUACCCAGCUACAAAAGACACCUUCUAGCUCUUCCAAUUUCUUUUCCAUUUAAGAAGCAAAUCUGCAGAGCCGCAGAAUACAAGUUCCCUGACCCAAUUCCCGAGUUCGCUGACUUUGAGACUGAGAAGUUUAGGACCCAUCUCCUGAAGAAGCUAUCUAAGAAGGAUAUUUAUGGAGAUGCCAUCGAGGAAAUUGUCGGAAUCUGCACCGAGAUUUUCAGCACCUUCUUGCAUACUGAGUAUGGUGGUCCUGGGACACUCUUGGUCAUACCUUUCAUCGACAUGGCUGAUACUCUGAAUGAAAGAGAAUUACCUGGUGGACCGCAAGCUGCACGUGCUGCUGUUAAAUGGGCUCAGGAUCAUGUUGACAAGGAUUGGAAUGAAUGGACUGGUGGUGAUUAGCAGCUAACUACAAGCCAUGUCAUAAUUUCCUGUACUAUGAGUAGUCGUAAUCAUAUUUCAUUUUAUUGAGCCUGAAAUACCAUCACAAUUCAUCAAAAAGAUAGCAAAAUCUGAAGUUGGAGCAGGUUAGUAUCUGCAUGAAAGCUUUGAUACAAGCUGUUAAUGAGUUGAUCUGUAAAUCAAAGAGGAGAAACUGUUUAGUUCUGUAGGCAUCGAGUGGAGAUCUUACAGAUUUCUGCUUUUCAGUUCAUGUUCUAAUUGAGGUUUGUAAAAUUUUAUGACUCUUGAACAUCAGAUGAUGGUUUUGAGUAGGCAGAGUUAUUAACCAC